GGUGGCUGCUGGGAGCUGACCCUCCGGCUAGCAGCCUUGAGCGCUGCUUGUACACAGAGCGUGUGUGCUCCGUGUGCGUGGUGUGGAAACGGUGCCCAGACACAGAAAUCGCCGCUAAAUGUAUCGAGAGAGCUUCCUUGUGGUUCUUCUUAAUGUCUUCGUUUUUUAUUUAUUGGGAUAUUUGAAACCUGAUGGCAUUUAUAUUCCCAACGUGUUGGAUAUAUUUUAUUGUAGACUCCACACUAAUAAGAGAUGAAGUCAAGAGUGGACAAAAUGUGUGUUACGUGCGUUUAAAAUCCUGCACUCCGCUGCACCUGAAGGCGAUGCCCGCGCCUGCAGAGUUCUGGCGGGCAGACUCCGCCUUCCCACACUUGAAAUAUUUGAGAACACUCUGCUGGGGUGGUUUCUGAUGUGAAAUGCUCCGGAACGCCCCUUCUUGUGGUUUUGCACGUAACCUGUGUCGUUUUCCCCUCCGGGUUCCUUAAAGGGUUCUCUUCGAUUUCCUGUGAACGAACAUGGCCAGGAACAGGUGAUGUUGUGAGUGUGUGUGUGACCCGGCAGUGGUGCCCGGCGUGUUCUCUGAGCUUCCUGAGACUCGGUGAUGUCUGUGAGCACCGCGGGAAGGCGCUCAGCCCCUGGACGGCACCACGGAAAUGAUGAUCCUCUUGGCUUUGCUCCUGGUCAUGGACCUGCCACAGGUGGAGACAAACGUCACCGUGGCUGCAAAACAAGCCGCACACCUGUGGUGUCACGUCUGCGAGGUAGAGGGCAGUUUCAAUUGCACACGUCCAGCGCCGUGCAUGGCUGAGGUUGAGUUCUGCGCUUCCGUUGCCGUGCGGAUGUUCGCCCGUUACUACUAUGUAACAAGGCAGUGCAUGAAGCAUUGCCCAAUGCAGGAGCCGCAUCAUGAGGUAGAAAGGUCCUUUGUCCUCCUGAAGCCGACCCCGUUCCUGUACGUGAGAUGCUGCAGAGGCUUGCUGUGCAACAAUGACAAUCCGACGCUCAGCGACACGGAGGGGAAGUACUUCCGGGAAGGCGGGCGCGCCGGCGGCGUGCGGAGCCGCGGGGCCUGGCUGCUGGUCCUCCUGGCUCUGUCCUCCACGUGAGGGGCCGCGGGCGCCGCCCACGGAGCAAGGCACGGGCCUGGACUUGCCGCAGAUGCUGGGGACCGGUCGGUGGCAUUAAACCUGUUUUCCGGGGA